GCAUUGACCGUGUCUCAUAACAUGACAGAGUAAACUAAAGACUACUUUGGUAGACUUGGGAAACAAUCUUCAUUCAUGCUCAUUUGCUCAUUAUUCAUCUCUUCCCUCUCUACUACUUCUUUUGCUCUUAUUUUCUGAUACAGAAGAGAUGGAAGAUGAUGAAUCUCCUCAGAUCAAAGGAGUUGUUAUAAUCUCCCUUCCACCCCCAGAUAACCCUUCUUUGGGCAAAACCAUCACUGCUUUUACUUUCUCUAACCCUUCUCCUCAACCUUCUAUUCAACCCCACCAACACCAAAGUCAACCAACACACCCUAAUGCUCAACACAACACUGAUCCUCCACUUCAGUCCUACCCAUCAAAUCCUCAGCUUAGUUUUUCAUUCAGAAGACUCUUCCACAGCACCCCAGUGAAGCUUUUCUCAUUCUUUGGUAUUCUUCUAUUUGCUCUCUUUCUCUAUGGCUCUGUUUCUUCAACCACUACUGUGGAACUACGUGGCCGCAACAAUGAUGACGAUGAUGAUGACAAAGCCACUUCAUUUCUGUUCCCUUUGUUUCCGAAAUUUGGUGUUUUGGGGCAGAAGGAUUUGAAGCUCCAACUGGGGAAGCUUUCUCAAAAAGAGAAGUUUUUGACACACAGAGACGAUGGUGAUGGUUCUGGAGUUGUGGCCGUUGACUCUUCAUCCGUUUUUCCAGUCAGUGGCAAUGUUUAUCCAGAUGGGUUGUAUUUCACUAUUUUACGUGUUGGAAAUCCUCCAAAAAGUUAUUUUCUUGAUGUGGAUACAGGGAGUGAUUUAACUUGGAUGCAGUGUGAUGCUCCAUGCAUAAGUUGUGGGAAGGGAGCACAUGUCCUAUACAAGCCAACAAGAUCUAAUGUAGUAUCAUCCGUGGACGCUCUCUGCUUGGAUGUUCAGAAAAAUCAGAAGAAUGGACAUCAUGAUGAAAGUUUGCUACAGUGUGACUAUGAAAUUCAAUAUGCAGAUCAUAGUUCUUCCUUGGGGGUUCUUGUUAGAGAUGAACUUCAUCUUGUAACUACUAAUGGAUCCAAAACCAAGCUAAAUGUUGUUUUUGGGUGUGGAUAUGAUCAAGCAGGCUUACUUUUGAAUACAUUGGGUAAAACAGAUGGAAUCAUGGGAUUGAGUAGGGCAAAAGUCAGCCUACCCUACCAGUUAGCGAGUAAAGGGCUUAUUAAGAAUGUUGUUGGUCAUUGCCUUAGCAAUGAUGGAGCUGGUGGUGGAUACAUGUUCUUAGGUGAUGAUUUUGUGCCAUAUUGGGGUAUGAACUGGGUACCCAUGGCCUAUACCUUAACUACGGAUUUAUACCAAACUGAGAUUCUUGGAAUAAAUUAUGGAAAUCGGCAACUCAGAUUUGAUGGCCAAAGCAAAGUAGGAAAGAUGGUUUUUGAUAGUGGCAGUUCUUAUACAUAUUUCCCAAAAGAGGCAUACUUGGAUCUUGUUGCUUCUCUUAAUGAAGUUUCUGGGUUAGGCCUUGUUCAAGAUGAUUCAGAUACUACUUUACCCAUUUGCUGGCAAGCAAAUUUCCCAAUCAAAUCUGUCAAAGAUGUCAAGGAUUACUUCAAGACCUUAACUCUUCGGUUUGGAAGCAAGUGGUGGAUUUUGUCCACAUUGUUUCAGAUAUCUCCCGAGGGUUACUUGAUCAUUAGUAACAAAGGCCAUGUGUGCUUGGGAAUCCUUGACGGUAGUAAUGUAAAUGAUGGAUCCUCAAUUAUACUUGGAGACAUUUCAUUGAGAGGAUAUUCGGUUGUAUAUGAUAAUGUGAAGCAAAAAAUUGGUUGGAAGCGAGCAGACUGUGGCAUGCCAAGCAGAAGAUUGAGAAAGAAAAAUAAUUUCAUCCCUGAUAGCAUGCUAUAAUUUAAUUUGAAAGUGUUCAUAAGAUUUUAUACCUUGUAUUAUUUUGAUCGGUUUCAUGCUAAAUCUAAUAUGCCAUCGACGAGUAAAACAACCUAUGUACAGUUACAGCCAAAAUAUGGGAACUUAGAAGAACGAUUAAUGGACAUCAAAGAUAGUUUUAUGCAUCAAGAUUUAUUUAACUUGUUUUGUAUAUCAAAAUAGUUCAAUUGUGACCACUUACUAGACUGGGCAUUCCAUCUUAA